AUGGCACGGAACGGAACGGCCCUCGAAGCUUGCGAUUGUCUAGCUAACUUGGAGAAGAAGAUUCGUAUUGCCGAUCGAAGCAAGAAGGACACUGAAGCAAGAAGGACACUGAAGCACUCGUACCCUUCCGGUGUAUUUCAGCUGAAGUUGGCCCAUAUAAAAGCCGUGCAUGAUCCACGCUUCUUUCUGCCCUUGUACCCGAUACCCUUCCCCCACUUACUGCACUCGCCAAUGCAUCUUCUAGCCAGCCUUUUGUUUUCUCUGCUGGGAGUGCCUGUCUUAGCCGCCAAUGUACAGAAGCCUGACAUCGUUCUCCCACCUUCUGCCGCUGUGUAUCGAGACCAAGUCGAGAAGAUUUUUACCGACAGCUACGACGCGUACAAGAAGUAUGCCUUCGGCCACGACGAUCUCUCUCCUCUUACUCAAGGCUUUUCCGACGGUCGCAAUGGAUGGGGUGCCACUAUUGUCGAUGCAAUGUCUACCAUGCACAUCAUGGGUCUAAACGAUCUUUUCCUUGAGGCCGUGGACUUUUCGAGCAAGAUCGACUUCAGAAGAUCGCAGACGGAUGACACCGUCAGUGUCUUCGAAACAACCAUUCGCUAUCUUGGCAGUCUCCUUAGCGCAUACGAGCUCAGCAACCAGGAAUUCCCUGGUCUUCUUCAGAAAGCGAAAGAACUCGCUGAUAAGAUGGCCUUCGCCUUCCGUGGGACCAGCCCCGUACCUUUCGGUUUCCUUAAUUUCACGACGGACACUGUAAUGUUCGGCAACUCAAAUAUCGCCGAAGCCGGAACUCUUACUCUUGAAUGGGAGACACUCUCGAAGUUCACUGGAAACCAAACCUACGCUGACCUGGUCCUGACAUGCGUGAAGCACAUUGCUAAUUUGCCAGCGCCGCUCCCUGGACUCGCUGCCCAGGGGAUUGAUCCAAUGAGCGGCAACUUCGUCGGAGGAUACAUCACCUGGGGCGGAGGCUCGGACAGCUAUUUUGAGUAUUUGAUCAAGCACGCACGACUGACCAACACCGACGAUAACCUCUUCGCGGACACAUGGCACACCGCUGUCGACUCUUCCAUUACGAACUUACUGAAGACUUCGACUGUCGGCGGCCAUGUGUAUCUCGCAGACCAGGAUUCGACCCAGAGAAUCCGUUACGUCAGUUCUCAUUUGGCAUGCUUCCAUGGAGGGAACUGGCUCUUUGGUGGACGCCUACUGAACAACGACACAAUCGUUCAAAUCGGUCUUGACUUGGUUGAUGGCUGCUGGAACACGUAUGCCCGCACUGCAACGAAGAUAGGUCCGGAACGCUUCGCAUACAUCGCCGCCGAUGGAAACUUCACGGGAGGGAAUCCGCCCAGUGCUGCUCAGCUGGCCUUCUACCAAAACACAGGGUACUAUAUCACCUCAGCACCCUACAUCCUCCGCCCCGAGGUUCUAGAAUCUAACUUCUACGCCUACCGCGUGACGGGCGAUGCGAAGUACCUUGAACGUGCUGCCAGUGCCGUUGAAAGCUUCAACAAGUACCUUCAGACCCCAACGGGCUACGCAGGAUUGUGGAACGUCGACGAUGUCGAUUCCGAGAAGAUCGAUGAUACGGAAAGUUUCUGGUUCGCUGAGGUGUUGAAGUAUUUGUACCUUACCUUUGACGAUCCGAACCAUAUCAGCCUUGACGAAUAUGUUUUCACCACUGAGGCUCAACCUUUCAAGGCGCCCCCUGCAAAGGCUGUCUACGGUAGUGGUGGAACUAGUGGUAUUCGUAAACCGACCCAACCCUUCACUCUUCGUAAAGGCGCACCUCUUCCUGCCAUCAGUCCGAACCCCAGACUCCCUGAGCCGAUCCCAGUCCCUCCUCAAUAG